GGGGCGCGCGCAGCAGAGCCGAAGAGUUGUUUCUAAUCAAAGCGCAUCAGGGGCUGUGGUACCAGAGCACCGGGACACUCCGGCGGCAGAGAGACGGGAUAGAGCAGCAGGAGCUGGGAGCACGCAGAGAGAACCUCCGCCCGGACCGCUUCAAAGCGUCAUUUCUCUCCGCCGUCGGAUUAACAACAUAAACCACACUCACGCUGGGAGGCAUUUUGAUGAAUAGACCUGGACUAAGAAGCUUAAAAGUCAACUGAGGAGGCCAAGACAUGAACUUCUCCCGCUGAAUGUUAUUGAUGCUGAACUGAGUGGUCCAGCCGUGUGCUCCAUUGUUUCCCCUCCCCUCAGGUCUCUGUCCCACUCUCUGACACCUGGUUUGUGAGCAGCCAUGACUAAAUCCUACGAGUUCAACUGGCAAAAGCACCUGCCUGAGUUUAUGCAGGAAGGUGCAUCCUUCGACAGGUUUGAUGAGGACCCCUACAUUUUUGAUCCAAACUGUCAGAUGAAGGUGGAUGAGUAUGGCUUUUUCAUCACCUGGAAGAGUGAAGGAAAGGAAGGCCAGGUUCUUGAGUGUUCCCUCAUCAACAGUAUCCGCGUCGGUGCCGUCCCAAAGGAUCCUAAGAUCUUGUCAUCAUUCGAAGCCGCUGGAAAAACUGAGUCAGACCUGGAGGGCUGCAUCAUCUGCAUCUGCAGCGGCACGGACUUGGUUAACCUGAACUUUAUGUUUAUGGUGGCGGAGAAUCCAGACACGGCCAAGAAGUGGAUCGAGGGUUUGAGGUCAGUGAUUCACAACUUUAAGGCCAACAACGUUUGUCCGAUGACCUGCCUGAAGAAACAUUGGAUGAGAAUGUGCUUCCUGACCAAUGUAAAUGGAAAGAUACCUGUGAGGGGCAUUACACGGACAUUUGCGUCAGGAAAGACGGAGAAAGGGAUCUUUCAGGCUCUAAAGGAUUUGGGCCUUCCUAGUGGAAAGAACGACGAAAUCGAGCCGUCAGAUUUUACCUUUGACAUUUUCUACGCGCUGACACAGAAGAUCUGCCCUCGCACCGACAUAGAGGAACUUUUCAAGAACAUCAAUGGGAACAAAACUGAUUAUUUAACUGUAGACCAGUUAGUCAGCUUUCUGAAUGAAAACCAGCGUGACCCGCGGUUAAAUGAGAUUCUGUUCCCGUUCUACGACCCCAAGAGAGCGAUGCAGAUCAUCGAGAAAUACGAGCGAGACGAAGAGCUGAAAAAGAAGGGUCACAUGUCCAGUGACGGGUUCUGUCGAUACCUGAUGUCAGAUGAAAAUGCUCCAGUAUUCUUGGACCGCCUGGAGCUGUACCAGGACAUGGAUCAACCACUAGCCCACUACUUCAUUAGUUCCUCCCACAACACCUAUCUGACAGGCCGACAGUUUGGAGGGAAAUCUUCAGUAGAGAUGUACCGCCAGGUUCUUCUCUCUGGAUGCAGAUGUGUGGAACUGGACUGCUGGGAUGGUAAAGGAGAGGACCAGGAGCCCAUAAUCACUCAUGGCAAAGCCAUGUGUACAGACAUCCUGUUUAAGGAUGUUGUCCAAGCCAUCAAGGAAACGGCUUUUGUCACUUCGGAGUACCCUGUUAUAUUGUCCUUUGAAAACCAUUGCAGUAAACCGCAGCAGUACAAGAUGGCCAAAUAUUGUGAAGAGAUAUUUGGUGACCUCCUUCUCAGACAGCCUCUGGAGAACUACCCGAUCGAAUCUGGACGACCUUUACCUUCCCCAAAUGACCUCAAACGUAAAAUCCUCAUCAAAAACAAACGACUGAAACCUGAAGUUGAACAGAAGCAGCUAGAGGCUUUCAAGAAACACAUGGAAGCAGGAGAAACCAACACCCCUGCCAUAAUUAUGGGAGAAGAGAAUGAAGACGACACAGAGAACGGAGAAAAAGAGGCUGAGGAUAAGGAUUUGAACUCAGAGGCCCCCAGUCUAUCAGAGGCAACUAGUGAGAAAGAAGCUAACAGUGUGAGUGUGUCCCAGAGUAACACUAUCUGCUCAAGCAAAGAGGAAGAACCAAGCAACGGCAUCAAGAAGGUACCUGAUGAUGAAGUUACAGAGAUUUCUGAAGCAACAGAUCAAACCGACAUCUCUGAAGCGUCUGACCAAGACAAUAACAAGAAGGGUGGGGAUGUGGCAGAAGACUCUGAAGAAGCUCUGAUAGCUCAGUACACGUAUGUAGGGGCCACUACCAACAUCCAUCCAUAUCUGUCAGCUAUGGUCAACUACGCGCAGCCUGUCAAGUUCCAGAGCUUUGACGUGGCAGAGGAAAGGAACAUCCACCAUAACAUGUCAUCUUUUAACGAGUCUGUUGGCCUGGGUUAUCUUAAGACCAACGCCAUAGAAUUUGUCAACUACAAUAAGCGUCAGAUGAGCCGAAUCUACCCCAAAGGAGGCCGGGUGGACUCCAGUAAUUACAUGCCUCAGAUCUUCUGGAACGCAGGCUGCCAGAUGGUCUCGCUCAACUUCCAGACCCCAGACCUGGCGAUGCAGUUAAACCAGGGAAAGUUUGAAUACAAUGGGUCCUGCGGAUACCUGCAGAAGCCUGACUUCAUGCGGCGUUCAGAUCGGAUGUUUGACCCAUUCUCAGAGACGCCAGUGGACGGUGUCAUCGCUGCAACCUGCAGUGUACAGGUUUUCUCUGGACAAUUCUUAUCUGACAAGAAAAUCGGCACGUAUGUUGAGGUGGACAUGUACGGCCUGCCCACCGACACCAUCAGGAAGGAGUUUCGGACACGCAUGGUGAUGAACAACGGACUGAACCCUGCCUACAAUGAAGAGCCCUUCGUCUUUAGGAAGGUAAUCUUGCCAGAUCUGGCCGUACUGCGCAUCGCCGUCUACGACGACAACAACAAGCUGAUCGGCCAACGCAUUCUGCCUCUGGACGGCCUGCAGGCCGGCUACCGGCACAUCUCGCUGAGGAACGAGGGCAACAAGCCUCUGUCGUUGCCCACCAUUUUCUGCCAAAUAAUCCUCAAGACCUACGUGCCCGACGGCUUUGGAGCCAUCGUGGAUGCGCUGUCAGACCCAAAGAAGUUCCUGACCAUAGCAGAGAAGAGAGCUGAUCAGAUGAAAGCAUUGGGAAUUGACACGAAUGACAUAGCGGACGUCCCCAGUGGAAGCUCAAAGAACGACAAGAAGGGAAAGGGUAAAGGAGACACGGUGAAAGCCAGUGUGACACCUCAGGCCAGCUCCGACAUGGCCCAGACCUCCAACGCUGCCCAGAAUAACACAGCAGAGACCAAGAAAGACACUGCUCUUGUGCCUAAUGUCAGCAUCGAUGACCUAAAACAAAUGAAGACUUACCUUAAAUUGAUCAAAAAGCAACAGAAGGAGCUCAACACGUUAAAGAAGAAACACUCAAAGGAUCAAAAUAUAAUGCAAAAAGCACACUGCACACAGGUGGACAAGAUGGUGUCUUCACAUGAGAAGGAGAAGACGUCCCUGGAGAAACUGCUGGAGAAAGCCAUCAAGAAACGAGGAGAAAACAACUGCCAAGAGCUGAAGAAGGAGACGGAAGAUAAAAUCCAAACACUAGUUGCUGAUCACAAAACCAAAGUAAAAGACAUCACAGCACAACACACUAAAGAGUGGUCCGAGCUAAUCAGCAGUCACAGCAGCGAGGAGCAGGAGAUGAAGGACGGCCACGUCACUCAGCAGUGCGAGCACCUCAAGAAACUCCUGGCCACUGUCCAGGAGCAGCAGACCAUGCAGCUUAAACUCAUCCAUGAGCGGCAAAGCAAAGAAAUGCGUGCCAACCAGGCCAAGAUGUCCAUGGAAAACAGUAAAGCUAUCAGCCAGGACAAGACAAUCAAAAACAAGGCAGAGAGAGAGAGGAGAGUGCGAGAAUUAAACAGCAGCAAUACAAAGAAAUUCCUGGAUGAGAGGAAGAGGUUAGCCAUGAAGCAUCAGAAGGAGAUGGAGCAGCUAGAGAAAAACCAGAGAGAACAGCUGGAGAAACUGGAGAAGUUCAAUGAGCAGCUUUUGAAAUCACACCAUGCAAACAAACAGGUUCAAGGCCAAGGACAUGCAGCAGAUGGUGAAGUUGGAGGAGGAGAUGGACCGAAGACCUGCCACACUGGUGUGAGCGACUGAGACUGAGACACCACUAUGGGAAAGCCCUCAAGAACUCUGCCUAUAUCACUGUCACGUGCACACACAGUAGCGAGGCUUCUGUUCAUUUACCUUUACUUCCUGUCCUCUCUAUCCGCCCACUAACUUCUUAUUGAGCCAUUGGUGCUUACCACUGUUUGACAGGGGAUUUAACCACUGAUUGAGGGGAAGCGGCAGAGAGUAAGACACAUGCCUUCUCAACUGUGUGUAAAUCCUCUCACCAUCAUCCUAUGGGCAACACAACUGCAGCUACUGUACUGGUGGGCACAACCAUACAACACAUGCACAAACACAUCUGGUUGUGGGUGGGAUGAUGGUGCAUCAGUGCCCUCUGACUCUCUGUUCCUCUGUACCUUAUCAACCCACUCGAAGAGGAGAGAAUAUGUGUAAGGUCCGUCGCUUCAGCACCGACAAUUUAACUCACUGAAAGACACUGUAGACUACACAUCAUUACUGUCCUGAGCACUUUGUAUGUGAUCGGCCAUCAUAAUGUGGAAAAUGUAGCAGUGCACUACUGUAGGUUUCCUGUAUUUCACUAAGAAUGUAUCGAAAAAAGCAUCACUGUAUGAAAAAGUGGCGUCGUCUCUCGUUACUCGCCGUAAAGCCACGAUGCAAGCUGUUUGACUGUACAUACGUGUUACUGACAUCUGGUAUUUGAUAUUCCAGCCAACUACACAGACUUUAUCUUGCUAGGUCAAGACAAUAAAUGGAUCACAAGGGAUAGAUGUCCACAUCUUUGUUUUUACUACAAGGAAAAACAUGUAAUGUCCGUUUCACUUGCACUUAAAAAUGCCAUGACAGUGAUUUAAGUUAUAAAAUGGCUUAUGCUCAAUUUCCACAAGCAUAAAAUUGCAAAACUCUUUAAUACAGUAUGGUGUAACAUUAUACUCCUAAUUUGAGGCUCCAAAUCAUGUCUACUAUGCAAAAAAAGACAAACACAUGAUUCCCUCAAAGCUUAAGGUGUAAGAAAUUCUCAGGAGAAUUAAAAAUGUAACCAAACCAAACCAGUAACUAAUUAUAGUAAUAAUAACCUAAAUGUUUCAGUGUGUGCCUUCUAACAAUGAGGCACUGAAAACUAAAUUAUCUACAUGUUGCAUUAUUGGGUUUUGCAAUUAAACUCUGGAAACUGAGGCAAAGCUGUGCUAAUAAAAAGAACCCGUAGAACACAAGCCCUGCAGCAUUACACAGAACCUCAUCUAGCCAGUCUGGUCAGUUUCCCCAUCAAAAAGACAUUGAAGGGUUUCUUUAAUAUCUUUUUGACUUCACCUUGGCGACCUCACGUUGUGGCCCUCUGGUCGGGGGAAAUUAGCCUGCAGCGCGACUGGAUGGCAGACGAGACCUGAAUCCUUGGAUGACUCAGACGUAUUCCGCAGACAGUACAUGUAACUGUUCAUGGGGAAGACGCCUGAGGAACCACAAAUCAGCCCUGAAAACUAUGCCGGACGAAAAGCCACUGCACUGAGAGAAAUGGCAUAAGAACCACAAUCAGCAUUACUGUAGGUCAGUUGUGUAAUAUUGACUGAGUAGAAACAACGUGGGGACGCGGCGAGCUACUUUUGCCUUUUAUACAACAUCUAGGUUUAUUCUACUGUAAUGGGCGUAGACGGGAUGUUCUUGUAUAUACUGGAAUGUAUGUUUAUUUCCUUUGGACUAAUGGUGUUGUGUCAUACAAGGGCUCUGGGACAGAGGAUGUCAGUCGGAUGUUGGGGAAAGAUGCGCGUCAACCGCUGGUUCUCCCGUUUGCAUUUCUGUUCUGUAUUCCAGUCUGCCCUCACUGCACCACACAACACACACGACGCUCACUACAUAUCUAGUGCAGAGGUAAACGAGUUCAAGUGCUUUUAUAUGCUACUCCAUCGCUUUCAAACGUGCCACUCUGUGUCUGUUAGGACGUUUAAAUUAUUUUAUUAAUGAUUAAAUGCCAAAUUAAGGGGUUAUUUAUAUAAAACAUAAAUAAAUGAAUAUAUAUAUUAGAUAUAAUGUGUAGUUUAAGAUUAUUAUGUUUGUUAGGCUUUUUUGCACUAGUUGAAUGUUUCUGUUGUGUGAUUACAUGUAACCUUUGGCUCUAGUUGGUCAAAAAGCAAAUUAUUUUUGCAGAGCAACGUAACUGAUUUGAGUUUGUGUUUUUACUGUAUCUCCUCGGUUUUCUAUUGGAUCUGUAGCCUGUCAAACCAUUCUGUGCGUUUUUUUUAUUUAUAUUGUAUUGUUGAACUUAUAUGAAAAUACUGUUGUUAUUCAGCUCCUUUAAUACUGUUUUAUAGUCCGUGUACCAAUAAAUAACAGUGUAAAAUGGGA